UGGUUUGAUCUUUAACGUAAUACAGUGCAAAAUGGUGUCCGCAAAGUUGUUCUUCGUUGCCUCAAUUCUUGUCACAUCAUUGCUCACCGCAAAUGCCGGAUUGUUGGACUAUGUUUACCCCGCACUUAUGACCGCGUUCUACAGUCAAGUGCCAACUAAGGAGGGCUAUCGAUUCAAGCAGGAGGACCCAAAUGGCAGUUCACGUGAGGAAAUUGGCGUUAUUAUGAAUCCAGAUACGCCGGAUGAGGAAUUGGUGAUAAUGGGCAUGUACAAGGUGUAUGACGAGAAAACCGAUACCGAGACGAUAACGAUGUAUACAGCCGAUAAAAAUGGUUAUCAACCGCGUUUUAAAUUGAAGAAUCGUAAACUAAGUUCCAAGCUCUUAAUGACGUCGACUGGUUAAGCGAAGAAACUGUGAGAAACCAUAUAUAAUUGUUAUUGCAUGGAUGCAAAUGGAAAUUAAAAUAGUUACAGAUGAUUAUAAAUACAACAACUAAGUUAGUGCUACUAACCAAUAACAGUUAUGAAAA